AUGAAUUGUUUUACCAAAGAAGCCUUGAAGGUCCCAGACCUAGAUCAGAAGGUAGCCAUGAUUGCACUCCAGCAGGGUACUACCGAUGACAACUUUCGUCGGUCUCUAGCAAAGAGGGCCCCUGAUAAUAUGAAUGAUUUACAAGAGAGAGCCGGGAAGUAUAUUAAGGCGGAGGAAAGCUUGAGAAAAUCACAGAAUAAUCAGGGACAGAACACCAAUUUCAAGAAGUGCGGGAAUGACACCGAGUAUAACGCUGAGAAUAAAUAUGCCAAGAAAGACGACGAUGAGAAGUCGCCCGCUAAAAAGAAGUUAGGACCAAGGUUCACGGAAUACGUCAGGCUUAACGCCCCAAGAAGUCAAAUCCUAAUGGAGAUUGAGAAGGAUGAAACUGUUAGAUGGCCGAAGCCUAUAAGGACCGACCUAGAGAAACGAAACAAAGAUUUAUAUUGUCGAUUCCAUAAGGAUACAAGACAUAAGACCGAUGAUUGCCGGCAGCUAAAAGGUGAAAUUGAGUUCUUGAUCCGAAGAGGCAAGUUGUCCAAAUUUACCAAAGAUGGGGACAAAAAUCAUCGGGACAAUGACAGUCGUGGGAGAGACAACGAUGACAAAAGAACCCAGCCUCGAGGGCCUGUGAUUAAUGUGAUCUCCAGAGGACGUACAGCUACAGGCACUUCCAGUAAUUCAAGGAAGGCUUAUGCAAGAGAAGUAAUGAGUAUAGUGGGAGAACCCCUGAAGCGGGCUAAAAUUGAUUAUGCUAUGGCGUUCGAGAAUGUUGAUCUUGAGAAGGUAAAAUUCCCCCAUGAUGAUCCAUUAGUAAUUACACAAGUGAUUGGAAACUCGUCCGUAAAGAGAGUACUCGUUGAUAAUGGGGCCUCGGUGGAUAUCUUGUUCUAUGAUGCAUAUGAGAAGAUGGGGUAUUCUGAUACUCAACUGACAUAA